GGGCGCCCAGCAGCCCCCGGCCGGGGCGGUCGCCGCCGCCAGCGCCGCGGCGGAAGAAUCGUCGGACAGCGAGCCGGAACAAGAGCCGGGCUCCCCGCAGAAACUCAUCCGUAAAGUCUCAACGUCUGGGCAAAUCCGGCAGAAGACUAUCAUAAAAGAGGGGAUGCUGAUGAAACAGACCAGCUCCUUCCAGCGCUGGAAGAGACGCUAUUUUAAGCUGCGAGGACGAACACUCUACUAUGCAAAAACUGCCAAGUCCAUUAUUUUUGAUGAGGUGGAUCUGACAGAUGCCAGUGUGGCAGAAUCCAGCACAAAGAAUGUCAACAACAGCUUCACGAUUAUCACCCCGUGUCGGAAGCUCAUCCUUUGUGCUGAUAACAGGAAGGAGAUGGAAGAUUGGAUUGCGGCGCUGAAGACUGUGCAAAACCGGGAACACUUUGAGUCUACUCAGUACAGCAUGGACCAUUUCUCAGGGAUGCAUAACUGGUACGCCUGCUCACACGCUCGGCCAACCUACUGCAACGUCUGUCGGGAGGCUCUGUCUGGAGUCACCUCGCAUGGGCUCUCCUGUGAAGUGUGCAAGUUUAAAGCCCACAAGCGGUGUGCUGUGCGGGCAACCAACAACUGCAAGUGGACAACUCUGGCCUCUAUUGGGAAGGACAUCAUUGAGGAUGAAGAUGGGAUCUCGAUGCCACACCAGUGGCUGGAAGGAAACCUGCCUGUGAGUGCCAAAUGCACCGUGUGUGACAAAACCUGUGGCAGUGUCCUACGUCUGCAGGACUGGCGCUGCCUUUGGUGCAAAGCCAUGGUACAUACAGCAUGUAAAGAAUUGUUGCCAAACAAGUGCCCUCUUGGGUUGUGCAAAGUAUCUGUCAUUCCUCCUACUGCCCUUAACAGCAUUGAUUCAGAUGGUUUCUGGAAAGCUACUUGUCCCCCUUCCUGCACAAGCCCUUUGUUGGUCUUUGUUAACUCAAAAAGUGGAGACAACCAAGGUGUGAAGUUUCUACGAAGAUUCAAACAGCUACUGAAUCCAGCCCAGGUCUUUGACCUCAUGAAUGGAGGACCUCACCUUGGUUUACGCCUGUUCCAGAAAUUCGACACGUUCCGGAUUCUGGUUUGCGGUGGGGACGGGAGCGUUGGCUGGGUUCUCUCCGAGAUCGAUACCCUCAAUCUUCACAAACAGUGCCAGCUGGGAGUGCUGCCCUUGGGAACAGGGAAUGACCUUGCCCGUGUGUUGGGCUGGGGCUCUGCUUGUGAUGAUGAUACCCAGCUCCCACAGAUCCUGGAGAAGCUGGAGAGGGCCAGUACCAAAAUGCUGGAUAGGUGGAGCAUCAUGGUGUAUGAAACCAAACUGCCUCGCCAGGCCUCCACUUCCACAGUCACUGAAGAUUUCAGUGAGGAUUCUGAGGUGCAGAAGAUUCUCUUCUAUGAAGACUCUGUGGCUGCUCAUUUGUCCAAAAUUUUGACUUCUGACCAACACUCAGUGGUCAUCUCCUCAGCCAAGGUGCUUUGUGAGACAGUGAAGGACUUUGUGGCCCGAGUAGGGAAAGCCUAUGAGAAGGCAACAGAAAGCUCAGAGGAAUCAGAGGUCAUGGCCAGGAAGUGCUCUGUCCUGAAGGAGAAGCUGGACUCAUUGCUGAAGACACUGAACGAUGAAUCUCAGGCAUCUUCAUCUCUGCCCAACCCUCCUCCCACCAUUGCAGAGGAGACUGAGGAUGGGGAUGGCUCAGGCAGCGCCUGCGAUUCCUCCAGCGAGCGCUCGGUGGGCUCGGCCUGUCCUGCACGGCCGCAGCUGUUCCGUCCCCGGGAGCAGCUCAUGCUGAGAGCCAACAGCCUGAAAAAAGCCAUUCGGCAGAUAAUAGAGCAUGCAGAGAAAGCUGUAGAUGAGCAGAAUGCCCAGACCCAGGAGCAAGAGGGCUUCCUGCUUAGUCUGUCAGGCUCUGAAGAGGGCAAGGAGCUGAGGAAUGAGGAUAAAAUCUCCCUGCAGUCAUCACACAGCAGCAGCUAUGGAGUGUCCAAAGGCAGGAGCCAGCGGAAAGUGUCCAAGUCUCCUUGUGAAAGACUAAUCAACAAAGGAAGUUUGUCGCUGGGCAGCUCUGCGUCUCUUCCUCCCCAGUCAGGAAACCGGGACAACUUGCCAAUGCUCAACACAAAGAUCCUCUACCCAAAUAUCCGUGCUGGCAUGUCUGGUUCUUUGCCUGGGAGCUCUGUCAUCAGCAGAUUGUUGAUCCAUGCUGAUCCCUUUAACUCUGAGCCUGAAAAUCUUGAAUGUUACACAGAGAAGUGUGUCAUGAAUAAUUACUUUGGAAUUGGACUGGAUGCAAAAAUUUCUUUGGACUUCAACAACAAACGUGAUGAGCACCCAGAGAAAUGCAGAAGUCGUACUAAAAACAUGAUGUGGUAUGGAGUACUGGGGACCAAGGAGCUGCUGCACAGAACAUACAAAAAUCUGGAGCAGAAAGUCUUGCUGGAGUGUGAUGGGAGGCCAAUCCCUUUGCCCAGCCUCCAGGGAAUCGCUGUGCUCAACAUCCCCAGCUAUGCAGGAGGCACCAACUUCUGGGGGGGAACCAAGGAAGAUGAUACAUUUACAGCCCCCUCCUUUGAUGACAAGAUUUUGGAGGUGGUGGCAGUGUUUGGUAGCAUGCAGAUGGCAGUGUCACGAGUGAUAAACCUGCAGCAUCACCGGAUUGCACAGUGUCGGACAGUGAAGAUAGCAAUCCUGGGAGAAGAGGGAGUUCCCGUGCAAGUGGAUGGAGAAGCCUGGAUCCAGCCUCCAGGUUACAUUUGGAUUGUUCACAAGAACAGAGCACAGACCCUCACCCGAGACAGGGCAUUUGAGAGCACCCUGAAGUCCUGGGAGGACAAACAGAAGUGUGAGUUGUCCCGACCCUCCUCUUUCUCUCUGCAACCAGAGAUCAUGUCUGAAGAGGAAUCCACCCAGAUCAACCAGUUUGGUCAAGCUGCAGGUGCUCUGAUCCACAGCAUUCGGGAAAUAGCCCAGUCCUGCCAGGACAUGGAGCAGGAGCUUGCCCACGCUGUCAACGCCAGCUCCAAGUCUAUGGACAAAGUCUAUGCUAAAUCCAAGUCUACAGAGGGUCUGAACUGCAGCCUUGUUGUAGAGAUGGUGAAUAAUGUCAAAGCCCUGCAUAAUGAGACAGAGCUGCUGCUGGCAGGCAAGAUGGCACUGCAAUUAGAUCCUCCACAGAAGGAGCAGCUCCAAGCAGCCCUGGCAGACAUGGACCUCCAGCUGAGGAAGCUGGCAGACAUCCCUUGGCUGUGGCAGCUUGUGGAGCCCUGCGAUGAGGAGAGCCAGAUGUUGGAUGACUCCAAACGCAGCCGCAGUGGCAAAUUCCGCCUGGUGACCAAGUUCAAAAAGGAGAAGAACAACAAAAAUAAGGAGACUCACAGUAGCCUGGGACUGCCUGUUCACCUCUGGGGAACGGAGGAGGUUGCAGCCUGGCUUGAGCAUCUCAGUCUUUGUGAGUAUAAGGAUAUCUUCAUCCGACAUGACGUCCGGGGCUCUGAGCUCCUGCACCUCGAACGGAGGGACCUCAAGGACCUGGGUGUGACCAAAGUGGGUCACAUGAAGAGGAUCCUGCACGGGAUCAAGGAGCUGAGCCGGAGUACUCCUGCCAGCGAGGCUUAGCCUCUGUUUUCACAGCCUGUGUCUACCAUUCCCCCUAACUGCCCAGCAGUCACCUCACAGAGCAGAUGUGCUCGCAACUGUCUCUCCUGAACAGCCAAAUGGAAACUGUUCAGAGCUCAUAUCAACCAAGCAUGGUGCUACCUUUUUUCCUGUGGGGUACGGCUGCAUCCAGUCGAGAGGCACCUCAGCUGCAGUCAGGCAGAGCCUCCUGGAAGAGAACUCACUUGCUGUUUGAAGAACCCCGUCCUCCAGCGUGGGAAGUUCUGGUUCCAGUGACAGUGCAGGACUCCUGAGAAUUGCAACACAGCUACCUUUACUGAAUAACUUUGUCACAGUAGAAUUAUUCAGGGCAAAAGAUAUAUUGGUCAGUCUUAGUUCGGGAGCAUCUGACAGUCUUUUCAGACCCCAGACUUUCCUGCUCACCUGCGUGUCACACCUGUAUCAUAGAGCAUUGACGUGGGGCAAAGCCUUGUCCUUGUGUCUUACCGAUCCCUUUUUAAUGCACCUGUAGUUGCAUGUGAUUUACAUCAGAGAUUCAAAGCCAGUACAGACCUCUUGCCAAAUGACUACCCAGUGAUCCUCACUCACUUUGGCCUUGCAACAAACAAUGCAUGUGGUUCCAGCAGCCCGUGGGCUCUUGCUCCUGCCCCAGCUCUCCUCUUCCAGCCGGCAGCAGUGGUACAACCUUUGGGUUUUCAGGCAUCACAAACAAUUGCCCACAAAUUCUUGGCAGUAAAAAAGGCAAAAUUCUGGAGAGCCAAAAGAUUACAGGAGGUCAGCUCUGACAUUCCCCCUUCUGAGUUGAUCUUCAGGUGACCGGGUGAAAGGGAGAGGAGCACUAACUAGCUGUUGGGGCUGCGUGAGACGUGAUGUGAUGGAGCGAGAUAUGGAACACUUUGCUCCAUCUUGGUAGGGGGAAGCAGCAUGACAGGCAAUGGCCAGGAGCAGCUUCCUGCCCACUUAGUGCCACCUUUGUGGCCACAGACAACAAAGCUGUUUCAUUACUUCAACUUGCAGCACAGAAAGCUGUUUCUGUCACAAAAGAUUUUCCGGCAGUAGUUGCAUCUCUCCGGCUGUCUUGAUUCUAGUGGCUUUUCCACCUUGCUUCUCUUUCUUACUGCCUUGCUCUGUCACUCCAAGGUAAAUACCAAAAGAUUUAGGGUGGCUCAGUCCUCCAGGGUUGUGCCCCUGAGAGAGGUACCCUGUGCUGUCAAACAUCAGGGCUCUUGUAAGAGCACUGAGAGGAGGAUUGUUACCGAGCAGAUGAGCGUUGGAAUGAAAAUUGGAGAAUGUUGGGAAAUUGCCUUUGGUACCAGCACCAGCAGAGCAUGGAAAAAUUAGUGCCUCUGAAUCAGAGUUCCUAGAUGGCCUUCAAACUUCCACUGUAUUGCCUGACCCCAGUCAGGUGACUGUUAAAACCUGAAGACCAGCAUGCAUAGUUCUGUUGCCAUCCUAUCACUGCGAAGGGGAUUUGGGAACAUCCAGUGCUGUAAAGCUGGAGAAACACCAGGAAUUUGUGAGGACUUGGUUGUUUUGUAUGUGUUUAAUUUGUUUUUAAUAACUACAGGGUGGCAUCUCUCUGGCUGUGGCUGCAGUCAGAAUGGCCACAGACACAGUGGGCAUAAAAGAUGAUUUCCUGAGGGCAUGGUUGUCCUUUGUUGCUUGGAAGGAUUUUAUCCAGUUGACAUCAGCUGUCAAGUCCAGCAACAGCCAAGUUAUUUUAUGUAAAAUCUUGUCAACUUACACAGGUUAUGGGCUGAUGUCAUGCUGGGUGCGCCCCGUUGCAUUCUUCAAGAUUUCACCGAGGAUUAUUCUGCUCUCUCUCUGUUUUUACCUGGUUGUCAUUGACCCACAUGUUUCCUCUCAGCCUAGUGGGUGGCAGGGUUUGCUCCUGAGAUGUUAACGGAAGAUAAACGUGCUUGAUCCAGCCAGCAGCAUUUCUGGUGUGAAUACUGUGGGGACUGAGCAAGAGAGAUGGUCAGCUUUGCCCUGAAUUUGCUGCUUCUGUCUAUAUGUUGGCAGUUGCUUCCACAGCCAUAUUUCUCCUUGAUCAGUACAAUCCCUCCUCACUGUAUUGAAUUCCUGAGGUAUCAGAUGGGUAAGAGUUGUAGACAUACUGUCUUCAAGGCCCAGAGCAGCAUCUGCACGAGAGUAAGGAGAAAGCUUCACUCAGAACUCCAGGAUGCAGCCAGCCUUGCUAGUGGCAGUAAGGUGCAGCCUGUGCCAGGAGUGCUCGUGGUCAGGAUGUUGCAGGAGGCAGAUGAUGGCUCUGGAGAAGAGGUGAGACCUGUGUUUAUUCCUGUGCAAGCUGCAGGAGCUGUUCUUGUUGUGAAGUUUCUCUGGGUAACCUGGUUAAAGGUGUAUAAACAACAGGUACCUGCUUGCAUAAUUUCUGGGGGAUUGAGUUCCUGCCUCAGUAGAAACAACCCCCAUGUGCUUUUCCUGCUCAGAGUAACGGGGGAAUCCAAAGAGUCCAUAGCUCAGGCGUGUUCCUCAGUUCGUGCCCUAUCUGCAGGGGCUGGCAGCCGUUUCCCACCUGCUCGGAGUGAUGGUGCCUGCACACACUAGUCUUCAUUUCUGUUGUGAUCUCUUGUGAUGAUGGAUCCAGAUACUUUUUGUGUAUGUGCAUGUUUUAUCAAAGGGUUCAUAGCAGUAUAUUCCCAUCCUUUGCUUACCAGAGGUGGGGAGGGGGGUUCUGCCUCUUCUCAGAGCCAGAAAAUGAGAUCCACGUGUAACCUGAGUGCCUUUGAACAUGUAUUCUGACAAAAGGCUGGUAGCUCUGUGUGUCUCACUGGGAACAAUGCAGGUUUCUGUUGCAGAGGUUUUGUGAACAGAUGAGGAGGGUUUGUGUCAGAGGUGAGUGAGGGGGCGCUGCCAGGCAGGGAGCCAGGCUGAGCUGCUGGCUGCGUUAUUCCGAGUUCUGGUGACUGGUCGUUGUUUUGUGGGAGAGAAACUCAGGAAAGACAAUAAGACAGUAAAAAAAAUAUGCUGCUUUGCCAAGAGAAGAGGCUGUCCUGCAGGCUCAGGUAAAACACCAGCUUGAGAGAAGCUAGAGCUGCACAUGCCAGACCUGUGUUCUGUCUCAUAAAUGCUCCUCCUGGGAAAGCCGUGAGGCGCUUUCUGUUUGUCACCCCUCCCUUUGGCAGUGGUGCUGGGGCCGUGUCUGCAGGGAGCUGGGCCUGGAGCUUCUGCCACUAGGAAGGGGUUUCAGUACAUUACCACACAUUCUGGCACUGCCCUGGGUUUUUAGUGGCAGAUUCUGGGGAAUAAAAUGGCCCGUGUUGUGAUGUUUUGGUGAAGUGAGAUUGCGUGCAGGGGGACUCGAGGGAGGUCUGACGCUGUUGGUCAGCACUGCCCUGCUCUGGGCUCACUUUGGGAGGGCUCUCGUGCUGAAGCAGCCUUUCUGAGUGUAGCUGUGAGGUCCUCGUGCUGUGAGCAGGCAUCUCUGCAGCAGAGGGGAGCUGUGCUGGAGGUGCUGGCGUGGCUGAAGCCUUCAGUGCCCGUCCUGGGAGCGUUCCCGCACCCGAAUCCCGUGGAAAGCUUCUGCCUUGUUGUAGUGUUAUUUCCAGCUGUGCAUACUGGCUGUGUGAUUCAACAAAAAGACUGUUUACACAAAAUAUUUUGUAUCUUAAGAUGUGUGUACUGUAAAAAGGAAAAGAGAACAAGGACAGGCUGAGAAAUGGUGUUUGUGUGUGUCAGCAGCGACUGCACGUCUGUGUCACCGUCCGCCCGCCGUUGUUCCUCAGGGGUCUCCCCGCCGUUCCUGUGAUCCUGGCACGAGCGCAGGGAAGCAAGUGAAUCCCUGUACAGUCUUGGGAAGAAGGUUUUGUGCCUUAAGAAUGGGACCUGCUUCCCUCCUAUUUAUUGUGUUAAUUUAUACAGUGGUUGCCAUGGAAACGUCUCCUGUGUUUUGUUUUGUACAUAGUUCACUGUUGGGUGUUGUAAAUAAGUUUUUCUUGUAUAUAAAGUAAAAUGUUUCUGAGCUUCCAGUAAA